UUAAUGGGAGAGCCCAACUCUGUCGGCAAUAAUCAACUAUUGUUUUUACAAAAACUGCCAUUACCCGCCAUCGCUCUGUACUUGAUUCAACGACCUUCUCCAACCUCUCAGAUCACACACACUCUCUCUCAUUCACUCACACUCUUUCUCUCUCUUCACAGAUUUUUUUCUCUCUCUAAAAAAUCAUAAAUAAAGAAAAAAAUGGACGGUCUGAUCAAGGGUUUGAUAGACGUGGCGCUCGGUCACGGCGACGAUCGGGAAGAAGAAUCGGGUCCAGAGUCCCGAGAGGAACGGUCCAGAUCCACUUGGUCGGAGGUGGUGUCGGGUGAGCACGAUAAGGAUGAAGGAGGAGGCAUUGAUCGUCGCGCACAUGGCUGUAAUAGAUGGAAUGCAGAGGAACCGAGUAAUUUGAGACAUGAAGAUCCUCCGAGGCGAACCCAGAAGAUUACAAAUGAGUAUGGAAGGACUGAAGGGAGUUAUGAACAAAGCCAAUGGAGCCGAAAGGAGGAGGACAGUGAAAGAAACAAUGAUGAUGGUUGGGAGACUGUUGGCAAAAAACCCCAAAGGCGACAAUAUAAGCAGGUUCAGACGGAGAAGUGGCAUGGAUAUAAACGGCCUGCAAAUGAGCAAGAAUAUUCUGAUGAGGUUGACAUUGGUAUAGAACCCUCGGAUGAAGAGCUUAAUGACUUGUCACAAGCAUGCAAGAGACUAUGGGAGCUUGAUAUAAACCGCUUGGUACCUGGAAAGGACUAUGAAAUUGAUUGUGGUGAAGGGAAGAGGGUUCGCCAAAGGGGCGACGUUGCAGAAGGAAGCUUGUUUACAUGGCUAAAUGAAGAUGUAUUCAGAAGACCUACUUUUUCUCGUUUCUGUUCUCUUCUAGAUAACUACAACCCAAAUCAAGGAUGCAAAGAAGUUCUCACAUCUGAAGAGAGGCAAGAGCAAGCUGCAUUCAUAGAAGAAAUUAGCAGAACUGCGCCCAUUAAAUAUCUUCACAAGUACCUUGCAUCCAAGCGCAUUGUAUCUGAAAACGUCCAAGAUUUUAAGAGAUUGAUGACUCGUCUCUGGUUUGAUCUCUAUGGCCGAGGUGGUUCAUCCUAUUCUUCCUCUGCUUUUGAGCAUGUCUUUGUUGGAGAAGUUAAGCAACAGGGAGAACAAGAGAUUUCUGGCUUCCAUAAUUGGCUUCAGUUUUACCUUGAAGAAGCGAAAGGAAGGGUUGACUAUCAAGGUUAUAUUUUCCCUCGGCGACGUGGGCAUACUCCAGACUCUCAAACCCAAGUACUUACACUACAGUUCGAGUGGAAUGGUAUUCUGAAAUCGGUAUCCAGCACUUUGAUUGGAGUUAGCCCAGAAUUUGAAAUUGCAUUAUACACUCUGUGUUACUUUGUUGGUGGAGAGGAUAACUACAUUGAGUUAGGUCCAUAUCCAGUGAAUAUCAAAUGUUACCGUUUUGGAGAUAGAAUCGGGUCAGUUUUUCCCAUUGCAGAGUGUUGAAUUCAGUUCUGAUUUGAUCCAUCUAUUUCACUGUGAAACCCCUAGUCAUAUAAUUAAGUAAAAACUUAAUAUUGUAAGUGUAGAAAUACUUGGAAUAAUUUGCAUGGAAAUGUGUAGUGAUAGUUUAUGAUCAUAUUUAUCAUAAAGGAUUUUACUAAUUUGAUCUUA